AUGAUAAACCGUGGCCUCCUUCCAUCUUUCACUCCAGCUUUUCAUCUCUUGCGUGAUCUGAUCCUUAAGUUAGGGAAAACAGUAAGUGUGUAGGCAUACUCUGUAGCACAAAUUUAAUGAGUUUUACCCUCCCAUGGAUAGAAUGGAGCUUCCCUGUUCAUUAAUUGAAUCUAUUAGAAACCUUGUCUGUGAUCUCUUUAUAGUGUGUCUUCCCAUUGUAAAUUGGUACUUUCAAAUAUGUUAAGGGGAAAUCUUUUCUAUGGAUUCUGGUAAUCUCCGACACUUCAGCUUCUACUUCUUGACUUGCAUUGUGAUCAAGAAAGAUUGCAAUCUUGCCUUUGUUCAUUAUGUUUUUCAUAUAUUGAGAUUGUAUUCAUGAUCAAUAUUAGUGAUUCUUCAUUAGCAGAGGGAAAUAUGAUAGUGUCAUCAGUAUAAGCCAGAUGGUUUAUCUCUGGACUACAUUUUGGCAUAUGCCAAAUCCAGCAAAUCUGUGCUCUGAGUGUGAUGCACUUAAUGCCCUUGGCAUGCAUUCUGAGGCCAAAAUGAAUAGAGUUGGUGAUAGAGAAGAGGAUCGCCUUGUUUUUCUCCUUUCUUUAAAAACCACAUGGUUGCCCAUUGAUCAAAAUGGAAUACCAAUUAUUAGAGAUAAUUCUAUACACCAUGUAAAUGAGUCUCUCCCCAAAUACCAUUAUUAAUUAGAAUCAAGUUAGUGCAAGUGAUAUAUCUGGAUAGUUCAUGGCCACCAAACAAAGAUCUUACCAUUUUCAUCAUCCUCUUUAGGUAUUAGCAAAAUACCAAAUAGUCAACUCAUGAGUUAUCCCAUAAAGUUUUUGGCUUGAGGGUUCCAGUCUGGAUAGUAAUUCACCAGAUCAGAGAAACAGAUUGGCAGACUUCUCAAGUUAAUAGUCAUGUCUAUGCGAAAAGGAGUAAUCCACAAUCUUGCAAGACUUAGUACAAGAGGUACUCCAAAAAGAUUCAGAUCUUCAGGAACAAAGUUGCUUCUUUCUUCAGAGGAAACAACAGAAGUUAUAUUCCUCCCAAAAGCAAGAUCCUUUUGUAAUAGCACAGAUCUUUCCAAGAAUGAAUCCAAAGUUAUCAAACAUGAAAAUAUAUGCAGUGAAUCUGGUAAGACAACAAGAAGUGUCUUUGAUUUGAAAAGUUACAUGCUCCAAAAGGUCAAAUCUGUCAAUCAAGCCUUAGAUGCUGCUGUUCCAAUCAAAGAGCCUAUCAAGUUCCAUGAAGCAAUGAGAUACUCACUCCUUUCUGAAGGCAAGCGGGUUUGCCCUGUACUCUGCAUAGCCGCCUGUGAGCUUGUUGGUGGGCAAGAAUCAACGGUGAUGCCUGCUGCUUGCGGAAUGGAGAUGAUAAUCGCUAUGUGUCUGAUGCACGACGACCUUCCCUGCAUGGACAAUGGUGAUCUCCGUCGAGGAAAGCUGUCAAAUCACAAGGUUUAUGGCGAAAAUGUCACUGUUCUAGCUGGUUAUUCACUUGUUGCCUUAGCAUUUGAGCAUAUGGCAACAACCACUAAAGGGGUGCACCCAAAAACAAUGGUUCGUGCUGUUGGAGAAGUAGCAAGAUUGAUUGGACCAGAGGGGGCAGUGGCUGGCCAGGUGCUCGACAUGCUGUGUGGAGAUAAAUCUGAUACUGGAUUGGAAGAGCUUAAGUAUAUUCAUAGUCACAAGACAGCAGAUUUUACAGAAGCCGCGGCUAUUGUAGGAGCAUUGCUUGGUGGUGCAUCUGAGGAGGAGAUUAAUAGAGUUAGGAAAUUCUCGCAGUGUUUUGGACUGAUGUAUCAGGUUGUGGAUGAUAUUCUUGAUGUUACUAAAUCCUCUGAGCAACUAGGAAAGACAGCGGGGAAGGAUUUGUUGGCCAACAAAUUGACGUACCCAAAGAUGAUUGGCAUUGACAAGUCCAAAGAAUAUGCUCAAAAACUUAGCAAGGAGGCCAAGGAGCAGCUUGUUGGUUUUGCUCCAGAGAAGGCAGCUCCACUUCUUGCUAUGACAGAUUUCCUUCUUCAUCGGCAAAAAUGAAUAUGUACUACAACCAAAAAGUUUGACACCGUUGCCGGGGAUCAAACCCGGGUCACCCGCGUGACAGGCGGGAAUACUUACCACUAUACUACAACGACUGCUUGUUGAUUCAAUAGGGGAUGGAAGCUUCAAUAAGGUCAACACAGAUGUUUAUUUUGUCAUUUCCUUGGUCAAAUUCCACAUUUCUCCCAACAUCUUAUCCCCUGUUUACAUAAAUCUUUUGAAGUUGCUACAAAUAGUUCAAGUAUUUCUCUUUCUGUUUUAGCUUUAUCAUUUUCUCUACCUACAGAUCAAAGUAAUGAAUAUUGUGCAUUUGCAGUGGUUUUGUGAUUUGUUGAUAAGCUUGGUGUUCUUAUACUUAAAUUGCUUUGUGAAUAAAAUUGCUUGCACCAGA